CUACACCUCCCACUACGUCUUGCGUUGCCGACUGACGUAACGUCCGGUGGUGCUGUUGGCGGGCAGAACGGGAUCGGUGCUGGUUGUCAGCAACGCUGAGGCUAUUGUGUUAUUCAACAGCAAAGCACAUAGAGGGAAAGUCGAUCCAAAGCACGCCACUCAGCCUUUUGGUAGUUUUGUGUCGCGUCUUCGGUUUGUUACUCGUCUACAACAGACGGUCAAAUCACAGCGUUGUCACUCGGGCCUAUCCUAAGCCCCUAAAAGCGCUCUGAAGCAUUCUCUGUAAAGAGGCGCCCUCAGCAGACUUCAAGCUGGCGACCGUUGCAGGAAAGAAGGGCAAGAAGGCUGAGGAGGAGGAGCAGCAUGCAGCACCUGCAGCACCUGCAGCAGCACCAGCAGCACCAGCAGCGGUGGAGGAGGAGGAGGAAGAGGAGGAGUAUGUGGUGGAGAAGGUUUUGGACCGCAGAGUGGUGAAGGGCAAAGCAGAGUUUCUGCUGAAAUGGAAGGGGUUCUCUGAUGAGGAUAACACAUGGGAGCCGGAAGACAACCUAGACUGCCCUGAUCUUAUCGCCGAGUACAUGCAGAAACACAAAGAGAAGGAGGAGAAAAAGAAGGAGGGCAAGAGGAAAAUCGCCAGUGAGGCCUCAGGAGACUCAGAGGAACGAGGGAGCAAGAGGAAGAAGGAGGAGGGUGAGAAAGCCAGAGGUUUUGGCAGAGGUUUGCAGCCGGAGAGGAUUAUUGGAGCAACAGACUCCAGUGGAGAGCUGAUGUUCCUCAUGAAGUGGAAGAACUCUGACGAGGCCGACCUCGUCCCAGCCAAGGAGGCCAAUGUCAAAUGUCCCCAGGUGGUCAUCUCUUUCUAUGAGGAGCGCCUCACCUGGCACUCUUACCCCACAGAGGAGGAGGAGAAGAAAGAGGAGGAGAAAAAAGAUUAGAUGAGCGGAGGAGGAGGUGGAGGUGCAAAGAGGAAAUGAAAGGAAGUGUGCAGGGCAGGAAAGCAACUAUAUGCUGGUGAACAGUUGUCCAGGUAAUUGAUUCUAGCAGCCACUUUGGCAGCGAAGUGGAGAAAAUCCCAGAUCAUUGGGAUUGAACUGCCAAUGUAGCUGACAGGAAAGAAGAAGUUUGUUUUCCUGCCCUGAAAGGAGACGGGCGUCCUUUCCUCAAAAGAUGCUCCCACCUGUAUCUCGACUGAAAAUGUACUUUUUUUUUUAAAGAGGUAUGUUGACACUUAGUCUGUUAUAUUAAUGUUUUUCCCUCACCAAGAACGUGUCACUUGAUGGGCAUUGGUGCCUUUAUUCUGCUAGUAUUCCUCCUUGGCGUCACAAGCUGAAUAUUGAACUGAAUACAGUGAAAUUACUAUAAAAGUGUUUGUCUGCUAUAUUUGGUGACAGGUGCCUGGUGUUAGAAAUACAGGAAUACAAUACAAGCUGUCAAGCUACCUCUUUAACAUGUCCAUUCAUGUGAGAAGCAAGCUGAAUGCUUGACUGUGGCUGGCAAGUUUGUCUCUCCUCCCAAUCACCAGUCCUCAUUUAGAAGUCCUGUUUGAAAGAUGAAAGUGGCAGGUGAAUUAUGGCGGCUCGGAGAGCACAAACUUCCCUUCCUGCUUUGUCAGGAUACAUUGGAGGGAACUUCUUUUGGAGGGGAAUGAAGUGAGGCAUGGUAUUAUGGAGGAGUGAAAGAAUGGAUACAAACCAUUCAUCUCUUUCGGUAUCUGUUCUCUUUGUGCCACCUGGGUUCUCAUUAUUGCCGACUUAACAACUCUCUUCUUGAUUUAAACUCUCAAACCCCAAAUGUACAUUUGUACAGUCUACAUGAAAAGACCAGUAGUCGUUGGCUUUGGCCUUACAUGUCCUACCAGCCAAUGUGGCAGCCAACCAGCCAGUGUUCAAAUGUCCUGCAGUUGUCUGCCAAAAGUUUUUGUUUUUUUAAAAAGCUGACAAAAUUAGCAGUUAUGGAUGAUGCUGCUGCCCAAAGCUUGUACUUAGCUGCCUGCUAUUUGUUUUUUUAUUAAAAUGAAGGAACAAGUCUGUAUUUUAUCAAACCAUUAGUUGAGGUAUUUGUGCUGAUUUGGUGGUGGUUCAUAGCUAAACCUGUAGCUUUUCUGUGAAUUUAAAACUGUCCAUCUGCUGUAUUUCACAAUCAUAUGUGUUAUAGAUAUUAAGGUAUAUAUUAGGACAUUGCACUCUCCCAAUGCGUUUUGAGUUAGUCUUGGUAUUUUCUUGAACACAGUCAGGACUACAUGUCAUGUGGAAAUACUAUCAAUUCACCAGACAUUUUCACUGCUUGACUAGGCCACAGUAUUUAUUUAGUAGGAAGUCAAAUAGUUGCCUGCCAGCAAGGCUAGAAGAAAAAUUGCUACUUACAGAAGUAGUGAACCAUAUGUGUAAGUGUACGACUUGAGUUCAUUCCCUGGCAGCUGUAACUGGUUUGGUUCCCAAACUUCUCAUGCCGGUUUAGCAAUUUUAUGUAGUUACUUUUUAAUGGAACUAAGGCUGGUUGGUUAUCUGCCAAAGUGGCUGGUAGAGUGUACACACAGCAGCUAAGUCAGUAUCUGGCAGGUUGUCAUUUUUUCACACUGCUAGAUUGAUGGGCACACUGGAUGACUUCAGUUGAAUUUUGAAACUUGAUUCUCAUCAGUUAUUGUUGCACUGGUUCAGGCUCAGUGUUAGGAGUGGAAGUCCAAGGCUUAUGUCAAACCAAGGACUCGUGCCUGAAGAAACUGAGAUGCCUUUUAACCUAUAAAUUAGAGGGGCAAAGUGUCAAACCAACUGAUGAUCAUUCAGACAGAAACACAUCAUAUAACUAGAAUGGACACUGUGCUAAACUGAGAAUCUGCAGGUUUCCACUUAUGCCAAACACCGGUUGAAGGUGUGUUCAGCACUGAGCUCAGCUGUUUGGUGCUUAGUUGGAAUGAAAUUCUGCAGGCUCUUGGCCUUUCUAUACAGUUUCUUUUCCCUUAUUUUAACCUAGCAGAGCACCACUGUCCAGCUAAAGUUUUUUUUUUUUUUUUAAAUGCAUUGCUUCUGGAAAUCUGGAAGUGUUUUUAUAAAAGCAAGCCCGAGUUAAUGUCUCUUCUUAUUUACAAAGUAGAGCUAUUGUUUAUGACACCAAAUUGCAAGAGUAGGUAAACAAGCAUGCUUGAUAUAUUGAGCUGCUGUAAACAAGCUUUACUGAUGGAUGAUCAUCAAACAUGUUUCCCUGGGAAAUAAAGGCACCUCCUCUAACUUGGUGUAAUAAGUAUAAGUGCUCUCAGUCUAAACACGCCCCAGUCUGAACCAAAAGUUAACUGUCACAGAGUGAAUUAACAGGUAUUGGCCAAGAGAACUAUCAAUGUAGGAAUUGACCAGCCAUAUGUCAUUGAAUUAUCAGCUGUAGUCUGCACAUUCAUCAACUGUGGCUGAUGGUGAAAGUGGCUUGUUAAUUCUUACACAACCACUUUGGCUGAUAAGUGGAGGUUUCUUGAUGAGAACGCGGCUCUGUCACUCAGUAGAUAUAUGCUCUGUAACAAACACAACUAGGUUUUACUGCUAAUGGAGGAGAUGAUUGACAGUAUGUUUUAAAAUCUUAAUUUCCACUUUUUAACCAUCACACAUACUCAGCCACGUGUUUUUUUGGCUGUAUUAUUUUAGCUUGCACUGGCCAGGCAACACUCAAGACAUGAUGAUUCAGCAGAGUAUUCCUUGGUUCAUCUUGCUUGCAGACCGUCCUAUGUUUAACACACGUUUUGAUAUUUGCAUAAAUAAAACAGGAUAGAACUUUUGAAUUCAGCAUGAUCAACAUGACCGCUUCAUAUGAGAGGUCUUUCUCUGGUGUUUUCUCUGCUGCGUUUUGUGUUGAAUGUAGCCCGGCUGUGCUUAUUUCUAUGUAUACUGUAUUAAAGUUAGCAUAGUAGCUUCCUCUGUUAGCAGACCCAGGUUAGCUAGUUCAAAUUCCCUUUCUCUGAACUGUUUGCUUUGGGUGGCCUUCUGCUGCUGGACAUUUAUCAGAGAACUCACCUUAAAGAGAAAAUCCUUAUUGUAAUGCAACUCCAUUGUCUCUUUUGCUUCACCUCGCACUGCCUCAUGUCACAACCCUUGAAACAGCAGCUAUUUUUAAAUGUUUACCUUUUUCUUACAGAAUGAUCAUUUUAAUAAGCCCUAAGCCCUAAGCCUCAGUUAUGGAAGACGUACAAGCUGCGUAAAACAGUCCCAUUUUUGAGACGAGCAACCACAGGUUGUGUAAGCAUAAAAAAAAUCCUAACCAAGUACUUCAUACAACAAAGCCAGAUGAUGAAAUGGAAAGAUGCUCAUUACACACUUGACUGAGACCAUCUUGGUGAUGUUUUUGAUCUGUACUGUUGUCUUGAGAGGCUGAAUUAUGGAUAAAUGUGUGUGAUUUGUUUCUCUUUUUCAAAGUAGGUUGGGUCAGCUGUAAAUGGAGUUUCUAGUAUUUGAAGUCAAACCUCUCUGACUCUAAAAUAGCUGUGCUGAUGCUAUUACUACUGUAUGUUAGUAUCUAUAUGCUGGGUCUAAGCCUACCCUUUCGACUUGUCUGUCUUCAAUUAAAUAUAUUCAGUAAAGUUCCUGAAGAUGUUUUAUUUUUCUUCGAACUUUUGGCCUUCGGGACUUAUUUCUUCACCAUGUACAUCAGUAUUAUGAGUAAAAUGUCCUGCACUCUGACAGCCUUCUGUUGUACCUCACCAUUGACAGGAAGGGAUUGAAUUAGCUGCACCUGGGUCUACUACUUAGCUUUUCUAACUUGUCUCUGAAACUUUUCUCUGUAUUUAGCGAAUUAGCUAGUGUUGUCCUGUUGCAUGUUUAUUGAUUUCCCUUGCAAUGUCACUGUCAUGGCCGAUCUACUUUUAAUUGUCUGUUUUGGACAAUAAAGGUUUUUCGUUUUCGUA